AUGAGUAGUAUUCUCAGUUGGAAUGUGAGGGGUAUUAAUACCCAGGGUGUCAUGGAAAGACUUCAAUCCCUGAAGAGUAUCCAUCAGAUUUCCUUAUUUGCUAUCCUGGAACCUUUUUCUGAUAGCUCUCAAAUUCAUCAGUUCAGAAACCAGCUUAACAUGGACAAUGCUAUUAGCAACCCAAAUGGUAAGAUUUGGUUGUUUUGGAACAAAGAUGUGGAUUGUAGGAUUCUGGAAAAUGGGGAACAGGUGAUUACUUGUGAAAUCUUCCAUGUAAGGAAUCCAAACCAAUUCAGAGUUUCAUUUGUCUAUGCAAAAUGCAAAGAUCAUCUCAGAAGACCCUUAUGGGAUAGCAUGUUGCAGCACUCAAAUACAACCCUACCUUGGUGUACCUUAGGUGACUUCAAUGUUAUCACUGAACCUGAAGAGAAACUAGGGGGUGUUACCUACAAUAUGAGAAAGAGCUUGGCGUUCAUAAGCAUCAUUCAAGCCUGUGGUCUUCAGGAUUUGGGAUUCUCUGGACAGAAAUACACUUGGUCUAAUCAGAGAGGUAUCUUCUUUAGAAUCUGGAAGAGAUUAGAUAGAGGUAUGGUCAAUGACAAAUGGCUGGAAGUGAUGCCUCAGACUACUAUCACUCACUUACCUACUGUUGGCUCUGACCAUUGCCCUCUCCUGAACAUUGAGGGUAAUCCCAUGUGGUGUUUUCAUCAGAAAAUGAAGAGAUUAUCUAAUACUCUUAGUAGGUGGUCCAGGAUGCAGUUUGGGGACAUCUAUGCUAAGGUGAAAGAGUAUGAAGCCAAGGUUAGACAAGCUGAGGAGGAUCUGAUUCUUCUUAACUCUGAGGAAUGUAGAGCCAAUCUUUAUGCCAUCAAUGCUGAGUAUAUUAGAUAUCUUAAGUUGGAGGACUCCAUGCUCAAACAAAAGACUCAGUUGCAAUGGUUCAAAGAGGGGGACAAGAACUCCAAGUACUUUCAUGCAAUCAUCAGAGGAAGAAGAAGGAAACUCUUCAUCCAUAGGAUUCAAAAUGAUGAAGGUAACUGGUUGCAAGGGGAUGAUGACAUAGCCAGGGCUGCUUGUGAUCAUUUCCAGAACAUUUUCACUGGUGAAGACACUCAUAUUCAGGAGGAUGCCCUUCAAUGUAUUCCUAAGCUUGUCACAGAUGAUCAAAACAGGGACCUCCAAGCUCUCCCCACCUUGGAGGAACUGAGGACUGUGGUCUUCUCUAUGAACCCCAACUCAGCAGCUGGCCCUGAUGGAAUGAAUGUAAGCCAUCCAACCAAGCUCUCAGAAUUCAGGCCUAUUAGCCUUAGCAACUUUACCAAUAAGAUUAUUUCCAAGCUUUUAUGCCUCAGACUAGCACCUACUCUUCCUACUCUUAUUUCCCCUAACCAAUCUGGUUUUGUUAAAAAUAGGAGUAUCUCUGAGAACAUCAUGCUAGCUCAAGAAAUCAUUCACCAAAUUAAGAAGCCUAAUGUAGGUGGUAAUGUGGUCAUUAAGCUGGACAUGGCCAAGGCCUAUGAUAGAGUCUCUUGGUCCUAUAUCUGUUUGGUCUUGAGGAAAAUGGGCUUUGGAGAAGGGUUCAUUGAUAUGGUAUGGAGAAUUAUGUCUCACAAUUGGUAUUCCAUCAUUAUCAAUGGCUCAAGACAUGGUUUUUUUCACUUCACAAGAGGUCUGAAGCAAGGGGACCCUCUUUCUCCCUUUCUGUUCAUCCUUGGGGCUGAAGUUUUAUCUAGACUCCUGAACAAUCUCCAUCAUCAUCCUAAUUAUCAGGGUUUCUUCAUGGCAAAGAGGGGGCCUAAAAUUAAUCAUCUCAGCUUUGCAGAUGAUGUUAUCAUCUUUUCUUCUGGGAGAGCCCAAACUUUGCAACUCAUUAUGGAAACCUUGCACACUUAUGAGAGUACCUCUGGUCAGCUGAUCAACAGAGACAAGAGCCAAUUCAUGGUCCCUUCUAAUGCCUUCAAUUCUACUGUAAGAAGAAUUAAGAAGGUCACUGGCUUCAGGCAAAAGGAUAGCCCUAUCACUUAUCUGGGGUGCCCUCUUUACAUUGGCAGACAAAAGCUCAUAUAUUACUCUGAUUUGAUUGCCAAGGUGGUGAAUAGAAUAACAGGGUGGCAGGCUAAGAUCCUCAACUAUGGAGGCAGAGUCACUUUGGUUAAACAUGUCAUCCAAGCACUCCCCAUCCACCUGCUGUCAGCUAGCUCCCCUCCUAUAACCAUUCUCAAACAGAUUCAGAGUAUCACUGCAAACUUCUUCUGGGGGUGGAAGAAUGACAAGAGGAAGUACCACUGGUCUUCCUGGAAAAACCUUAGCUACCCCUAUGAUGAAGUUGGUAUUGGUGUUAGACAAAUCUCUGAUGUGGCCAAGUCUUUCCAAUAUAAACAGUGGUGGACUUUUAGAACUAAGAACUCACUAUGGGGAGAUUUUACCAAAGCAAAGUACUGCCAAAGAUCCAAUCCCAUCACCAAGAAAUGGCACACUGGACAAUCUUUGAUAUGGAAGCAUCUUAUGAAGAACAAGCACAAAGUUGAGCCUCACAUCCAAUGGCAAAUACAGUCUGGCUCUUGCCUCUUUUGGUGGGACAACUGGUUGGGAGUGGGUCCUUUAGCCCAAUUCAACAACAACAGCUGCAGGCUUAACAACACCACUGUUUCAGCCUUCAUGGACAAUGGACAAUGGAACCCUGAUCUUCUCAUCCAGCAGGCCCCUCCACAGAUGGUGUCUAAUAUUCUUGCUACUCACAUCAAUUACCAACCCCUCCAGCAGGACCAACCAUGCUGGAAACUAAACAACAAUGGAGAACCUGGCCAAGACACUAUAGACCAUAUCUUUGUUGCAGGAGCAUUUGCCAGGAGUACUUGGAGUAUGUUUGCUGACUCUGUGGGCAUAAGCAAGGAGUACAUACCUCUCAGAAAUUUGUUAAUGAGAUGGUGGACCUCUAAAUGCAGGAAUGAGGCUCACAAGCUCAUGAUACAAGCACUCCCUAUCUUCAUAUGCUGGAACCUCUGGAAGAAUAGAUGUGCUUCAAAAUAUGGAGGAAAGCAUUCUAACCUUGCAAGAGUAAAGUUCUCUAUCUUUAAAGACACUUCCCACUUGCUGCACAGUGCUUUUCCUUAUAUCAACUGGCCCAACAACUGGAGGGACCUGGUUCUCUUGGUUGAGCAAUGCUACCAUGAUAUCAAGGUCUUCCCUGUAUGUUGGUCCAAACCAACUGACCAUUUGGUGAAGCUGAACACUGAUGGCAGUGCUCUCACCAAUCCUGACAACAUUGGAGGAGGAGGAAUCCUUAGGAAUGCAUCUGGUGAUCUCAUGUUUGCUUAUGCAAUCCCCUUAGGAUCUGGAACUAACAAUCAAGCAGAGAUCAAAGCUGUUAUCUUUGGUCUCUCUUGGUGCCUUCAUCUUGGCUAUAAUCAAGUCAUACUGGAGGUUGAUUCCCAAUUACUUCUCAAAUGGAUGCAACAGGAAGCAAAGCCUCCAUGGUCCAUCAAAGAGCUGCUGGACAAGCUUAAUAACAUCAUCAACCAAUUCCAGGAAUUCAGCUGCAACCACACCUUCAGGGAAGCCAAUUCCACAGCUGAUAGCUUGUCCAAACACAGCCACAAAUGCUCUGUUCCUGAGCUCUACUUCAACAAGCAGGAUCUUCCCAAAGAGGCCAGAGCCCUCAUGGAGCUAGACAUGCUGGGAAUGGCAAAUUUCAGAAGAAGGAGACUCAAAAGGAUUAAGAAGCCCCCCUGA